GUCGGAGAAGAAUACGGGGGUGAAAGCACAUUUCACUGCGGCGUAAGGGGAAGGUGAGAGCGAACCCCUUUAGUUAACAGACAUCCUUGUUGUGCAGUGAAGAGGUUUCUCGGUGUGAAGUAAGUGUCGCAAUAAGAUACAGCCGUUGGUAGGUCAAAGGUAGAGGCUUCAUUGUAGAGACACAUCAGUUAGAUUUUGUUAGAUAGUUUCAACAACAUGAUGUUCCCUGUCUUCAGUGUUCUAACUGCAGUCAUUGCCUUGGUUUGUCACUGUGCUUUUGCGCAAUUACAACUUAACCCAAACCCACUGCGACUCACUAAUGGAGCUACAAGUGGUUCUGUUCAGAUUUCCUGUGGAAUUCCCAGUGGUGUGAAUGCCUCUACAAUAUAUGCUAUUACUAUCUCACGCUACUUGAAAUCAGCGCCCACAACAGAACAGAGUCUGGCAAGAGCAGAUAUCACUGUCAAUCAAGGACAAGCAUCCCUUGUUGCUAACAGUGGUCUCACUCAGAACACAGCGACAGUGUCUGGCAGUACAGGUCAGAAGUCAGUGACACUGACACUGACACAGGCAAAGUGUGAAGAUGCCGGUACAUAUGUCUGCAAAAUUCUUUACAAUGCAGCUGCUGGUGAUGACACACAAAUAGAGAUUAUUGAUGUCCGUGACAAUUUUACUGUCAUAGUUCCUCCUGGAAAUAUAACCAUUACUGCAGAUCCACAAAUUGAAGUUGGAAACUACCUAGUGGGUCAUCCCAUUACACUUUUGUGCAAUGGCUUGACUGGAACAUACGACCCAAAAAUAGGGGAAACAUGGCGAUGGUCAUGGCAAUACCAGGAUUAUGAGAGUUACAGCUGGGCGCCCUAUCCAAAUGAAAAUGAUAUCACUGUGGAGCCACCUUUUAGAGGGACAAGCUCAUGUCAGUACCAUCAGAUCAGCAGACUUACUGUAAACCUGACUCGUGAGGACUCCCAGCGAACAUACAAGUGUAUUGUACAAGCAAGCAAUAACCAAGGCUCUUCUGAUGCUCAGUAUACUCUGGGAAUUGUUGCUGAAACGGAAAAAAUUUCAUUUCAAGAUUCCAAGCCCGCAAGUGCCUAAAUCAUCGGAUGCCUGCACCUGUAGAUGUUCCUGUGUCUCAACCUGUUCGCGCCCAUGAUGUCAUCACUACUGGCUGAUUACCGGACGAGAUGUGGCGUCGAUGAAAAAGUGUUCACACGACAGGCGGCCUCCCGUGAUUGUCUAGAGGAAAGCAACACAUAAUAAUUCUGACCUUUGGGUCAAUAUGAUUAUUUUACUUUUAUCUGUGAAGAGUAAAUCAGAAUGUAAAUAACCAGCACUUACAUAACCUGAAAGAUUCGCUUGUGGAGACUAUAAAUAAUAUACACAACAUACUCCUAGACUUAAUGUUAGAAUAACAUAAUAAUAUAAUUAUCUCAAAAAUGUAAUCAGUAUAUGUGAUUUUUAAUGUUAUCAAAGAAAGAAAGAUAUGUACGAAAAAUACGGGGAUUGGCGACUAAAUUUUUUGUUUGAUUUUUUUCUCUUCUACGACUAAACUGUCAAAAACCACAUCUACUUAUUUUACUUAUUCUUAUUAGUACUAUUUUUCAGUGCUUCAGUUAGAGUUGAUAUGAUAUUGUCAUGUUUUCUGUAUUUGCCAUAAAUCUUGCAGUUUAUUAUAGAAUAUACAAAGCACAGUAUUUUUACUAGUUUUCAUAAUUGCUGGGCUGAUAGUGUUCCUAAAUCUGCUUACUUUAAAACUUUUAUAGCUUCGUGUGUCUGUUGUUUCCUUUUGUUCAAUGAAAAAGAGAAAAAUCACACACACAAGAGCAAUGUUUCUAAAAUACAUAAAUGCAUUACUACAGUUAUUGUUAGCACGUGAUUAGUACUAACUCAUUCAAUGUUAAAGUGAUGAAAUAGCAGCUUUUAUUUAAAAAAGGUCCAUACACAAUGUUUACUCUUUCAUUUGGCAGUUGAAAAGCAGAAAGAUAUCAAUUAAAGUCAUUAGAGAAUACUUACAGAUAAAUGAGAAAUUUAAAAAGUAUUCAAAAAAUUUUUCACACGGUUACUUGCCUUGUUUGGAAAACUUUUUUUUUUAGACAAAACUUACGAUAAAUUUUAGAUACAUUACUUUGUAUUUUUAUAAUAAAUUUCAAU